UUGAGCACAGAAUGAGUUGGUGUUGGCCGGUAGUUGAGCCAUGUUAUAAGUAUGCUCUGUCUUACUUGUGUGUAAAGGUGGGUAACAUUUGGAAAUUGAAGAAAAAUCUUGUCUUGUUGACAAGAGCUUUGGAUAAGCUUAGUGCUGAACGGGAUGAUGUUUUAAGCAAAGUCAAUGCUGGGGAGCUUAAGGGUGAGCAACGCCUAGCUACUGUGGAUAAGUGGCUUUCACAAGUCGAAACCAUUGAGACACACACCAAUCUGUUAAUUGAUGUUGCUUCCUCUCGGAAUGCUUCUUCUUCUCAGGAUGUGCAUCAACGGCUGUCAACAACUGGCUGCUGGUUCUCAACCUGCGACCUAGGGCAACAGGUGUUCAAGAAGUUGACUCAAGUUCAAAGUCUCUCCGGUAAAGACUUUCAACAAGUGACUGAGCAACCUCCUCCUCCUGUGGUACAAGUGAGACUUUGCCAGCAAACAGUUGGUCUUGACACCACGCUGAAAAAGACUUGGGAUAGUCUUACAAAAGAUGAUAAUAGAAUGUUGGGAAUCUUCGGUAUGGGAGGCGUGGGUAAGACUACCCUCCUCACUCUAAUUAACAACAAGUUUGUUGAAGUCAAGAAUGAGUUUGAUGUUGUUAUUUGGGUUGAAUCGUCUAAAGAUGCAGGUGUUGACAAGUUUCAAGACGCAAUUGGGGAAAGAUUACACAUAUGUGACAAUAAUUGGUCUACAUACUCAAGAACCAAGAAAGCUGGUGAAAUAAGCAGGGUUUUAAGACAGAUAAAGCCCCGAUUCGUUCUGUUAUUAGAUGACUUAUGGGAGGAAGUGAGUUUAACAGCAAUCGGAAUUCCUUUGCUGGGGAGGAAUUACAAAGUCGUCUUUACUACUCGUUCUAAGGAUGUCUGUUCAACUAUGAGGGCAAAUGAGGACAUAGAAGUUCAAUGUCUGGCGGAGAGUGAAGCAUGGGAUUUGUUCAAGCUCAAGGUCAGAUGCGACAGGUUUGAUGGUGAGGUUAUUGAUUACGCAAAAAAGAUUGCAGCUAAAUGUUGUGGCUUACCCAUUGCAGUUGAAGUGAUUGGAAAGACUCUGGCCUCUAAAACUACUGUAGAUCAAUGGCGUCGUGCACUCGAGACUUUGGAGUCUUAUCCGAGUGAGUUUAAAGGUACAGAGGAGGGCAUCUUUCAAGUUUUGAAGCUAAGCUAUGAUAACUUAGAAUUAAAAGAUGCCAAGUGUUUCCAGUAUUGUGCUUUGUUUCCCAAAGCAUAUUAUAUCAAACAAGAUGAGCUGGUAGAGUAUUGGAUAGGUGAGGGUUUCAUAGAUGAAAAAGACGGAAGACAGAGAGCAAAGGAUCGAGGCUAUGAGAUAAUAGAUACUCUUGUUGGGGCAGGUUUGUUAUUGCUGGAUGGGGAGUCUAAUAAGAAAGUGUAUAUGCAUGAUAUGAUCCGUGAGAUGGCAUUGUUGAUAGUGUCUAAAAUUAGGGAUGGAGAAAGAUUUCUUGUGAAAACAGAUGCUGGUUUAAGCCAGCUGCCUGAUGUCACGGAUUGGACAACUGUGACAAAGAUGUCUCUCAUCAACAAUGAGAUUAAGAGCAUACCAGAAGAUCCUGAAUUUCCUGACCAGACAAAUCUUGUCACAUUGUUCCUUCAAAAUAACAAGUUGGCAGAUAUUGUUAGUAAGUUCUUUCUGGUCAUGUCGACUCUGGUGGUUUUGGAUCUAUCUUGGAACCUCCAAAUCACCGAGUUGCAAGGAAUUUCGGAGUUGGUUUCUUUGCGGCUUCUCAACUUAUCAGGGACGAGUAUUAAGUAUCUGCCAGAAGGUUUAAGUGUCUUGAGUAAUUUGAUUCACUUGAAUUUGGAGUCCACGUCAAAUCUUCGAAGUGUCGGUCUGAUUUCAGAAUUAAAAAAGUUGCAGGUUUUAAGAUUUUAUGGUUCUGCUGCUGCAUUAGAUUGCUGCUUACUGAAGAUCUUGGAGCAGUUGAAGGGUUUACAAUUUUUGACCGUUACUGUGAAUAACGAUUCUGUUUUGGAUGAGUUUUUUGGAAGCAAAAGAUUGGCAGGGAUGACACAUGGUCUCUAUCUCGAAGGACUUAAAGUACCCUUUGCAGCCAUUGGUAAGUUGAGUAGUCUUCACAAACUUGAAAUGGUGAACUGCGAUAUCACAGAGUCAGAAUGGGAAGGCCACAGAAGAGACCAGUAUUUUCCAUCCACAUCAUCAAAUCAAAUCACUCCAAUGAAUCCAUGGUUCAAGGAUCUCACAGCUGUGGUAAUAAACUCAUGCAUACAUCUAAAGGAUUUGACAUGGCUGGUAUAUGCCGCGAAUCUUGAGUCUCUAAGCGUAGAAUCCUCGCCUAAGAUGACAGAAUUAAUAAAUAAAGAGAAAGCUAAAGGUGUUGGGAUGAAUCCUUUUCAAGAGCUACAAGUGCUUCGUCUACAUUAUUUGAAGGAACUAGGAAAUAUCUAUGGGAGUCAAGUCUCCUUUCCAAAACUGAAGCUGAACAAAGUCGAUAUCGAAAACUGCCCGAAUCUUCACCAACGUCCAGUAGAAGAAAAUCUAUGAUGGUCUCAUAUAAGCUAGGCCGUUGAAUGGGAUAGUGGAGGAGCUCAAGAGCGAUUUUGUUCUACUACAGUCACUUUGGCUCUCAUCUUUGUAUUGUCCAGUUUUUAUUUCUUGUUUGUUCCUCUACUUGCUUUGUUCUGUAAAAGUUCAAACUGCUCUGUUGUAGUUAAGCUUGCUGGUUUGUAAAUUGUGAUAACGAACUCAAAAGUGCUUGUAAAAUAUAUUUUGUAAAGUUUAACAUAUUUAAAAAAUUUACCUUUUAAAA